AUGACCGAUUCCACCAACGAAAAUAAGCUUACAAAUGGGACCCUCAGUUUUAACAAGAUAGAAAAUCAGCCAUCAUCAUAUGAAGCUCCUCCUCUCUCCAGUCCUGCAUUAGAAACCUCAUAUUCUCAACAAAGUCAUCAAGACAAAGAAAUUUUGAACGAAUCUGAACAAAAAUCACUUCAAUACGACAAAAUAAAAAAGAGAAUAAUAAGAAAGAAAGCCUCAGAAGGGAAAAGUAAGAAAAAAUUACGAAAAGUUAAACGUAAAAAAAGUUCCUUAUCAAAAAAAGAAGAUUCAAUCCACCAAAAGCCCCCACCACUCUUGCCUUUAGCAGGAUCAUCUGAUAAUCGUGUGUUUGCUGUGGAUAGCGACAGUUCAUCAAGAUAUGAUUCUAAUGCAGCAAAAACUGAGCCAGAAAAACGCAAUCAAACAAUUUUAGGAUUUGGAACACUUACUAUUGAAGCUGCACCACCUACCAAACAUAAGAAGAAGCUGCAUAAUGACGAUUUUAUACCGCAAAAAAAGUGGAAACCAAAAAUUAUAGAAACCACCCAUAAAACUGAAAUAUUUGAAACUGAUGAUGAAAGCGAAGGAAAUUCAGACCCUCCGGUUUUUAAAAAAGUGAGCUUUUUCAAAUUAAUCGGAGUUGAACCAGAUUCUGAUGAUGAAUAUAUGUCUCAAGAUGAUGAAGAGGAAGUAGACGAUGAUGUAAUUGACGCAAGCUUAUAUAAUGUUACCCCUGAGGUAAUAAAUGAUCUUAGAAUAGAAGCAAGACAACAGUUUUAUAAGAUGAGAACAACCCAAACAAGUACACUAGAAGAAAUGGAAAAAUUCGUCACAAAAUACGUGAAGCUAAGAUUAGAGAAUAUGGAUAAUAUUUAG